GAAGCGGCGCACACUCGGCUGUUUAUGUUCCGUAACGCGUCGCCUCGCUCCCGACUUGCAGGUUGUGUGUUUUCCAGUCUGGGAUGCUUGGAACCAGGCCGGGGCCAAGUAACAGGCCAGGUGGUGGAAACAUGACUUCUGAGUAACGCCGUAUUUCUCUGCUCAGUAUGAAUAGUGAGGAAGAGUUCUUCGACGCCGAGACAGGGCUGGAGUCAGAUGAUUCCUGCGAGGUCAGUUUUAAGGAUGCCCUGGUCUUUGACAGUAAGAAGGUCACCGACGGCAGUACGGCACAUGAGAACGGAGUCUGGGAGCGCAGAAAAACUCUGCCUGCUGAAAUGAUAUCCAGAAACAACUUCAGUAUUUGGAAUAUACUGAAGAAAUGCGUUGGCAUGGAGCUGUCCAAAAUAGCAAUGCCAGUUGUAUUUAAUGAACCCUUGAGCUUUCUGCAGAGGAUCUCAGAGUAUAUGGAGCACACUCACCUCAUUCAUAAAGCCUGUAGUCUGUCGGACUCUAUUGACCGCAUGCAGGUUAUUGCUGCGUUUGCUGUUUCGGCCGUGGCAUCUCAAUGGGAAAGGACAGGAAAGCCAUUUAAUCCUCUACUGGGAGAGACAUAUGAACUUAUAAGAGAGGAGGAGAGGUAUAGGUUGAUUUCAGAGCAAGUGAGCCACCACCCGCCCAUCAGUGCCUUCCAUGCUCAGUCACUGAAGCAGGAAUUCGAGUUCCACGGCUCAAUUUAUCCCAAACUCAAGUUCUGGGGCAAGAGUGUAGAGGCUGAGCCCCAAGGCACCAUGACACUGGAGUUACUGAAACAUAAAGAAGCAUACACGUGGGUAAACCCAAUGUGCUGUGUGCAUAACAUCAUCCUGGGGAAACUCUGGAUUGAACAAUAUGGAACUGUUGAAAUCCUCAACCACAGCACGGGAGAUAAGUGUGUCUUGAACUUCAAGCCGUGUGGCAUGUUUGGGAAAGAGCUUCACAGAGUGGAGGGGUAUAUCCAAGACAAGAGUAAGAAGAAGCAGCGUGUGAUCUAUGGGAAGUGGACAGAGUGCAUAUACAGCGUGGACCCCAAGGUGUAUGACGUCUACAAGAAGACAGAAAAAAAGGCAGGGGCCGACUGUAAAAAGCAGAAACAGGUGACGCUGGAUGGCGCUGAAGGGGAGGAGGCAGAUGAGAUGCCAGAGGUUCAAGAGACUGUGACUGUGAUACCAGGAAGUGCCUUACUGUGGAGGAUAACACCACGACCUGCUCACUCAGCGAAGAUGUAUAACUUCACCAGCUUUUCCAUGACCCUGAACGAACUGGAGCCCAGCAUGGGGAGGUUACUGCCGCCAACUGACUGUCGGCUGAGGCCCGACAUCCGAGCGAUGGAGAAUGGAGAUAUAGACACAGCGAGCACUGAGAAGGAGAGGUUGGAGGAGAAACAGAGGGCAGCACGGAGAGAGCGCUCCAAGGACGAAGAGGAGUGGUCAACCAGGUGGUUCCACUUAGGAACAAACCCUUACACUGGGGCAGAGGACUGGCUGUACAAUGGCGGGUACUUCGACAGGAACUACACCGACAGUCCCGGCAUCUACUGAGUGUCCUCCAUUUUAUUUUUUUUUGCUUUUUUUUUUUUAAUUUUCUCUCCACAUCUAGAAUUUGAAUCGUUGUGAUGUGGGAACAUUCACGGUUACUGUCUCUGUUAGUCUACAUAACAGCCGGCGUGGAAGACGUCGGUAUGUAUCACAGAACUUAUUUAGCUGCGUUUUACCUGAAGCGUGUGUACACAGGUGAAGUGGUGUCGAAUAUUUUAAGAGUUGAAUCUCGUCUACACCCGUCAGCCAUCUGUAGUUGCCCUUAAUGGCGGCUCCGACGAUAACGCCGUCCCGUUCGACUCGUCUCGGAGACGCUCUGUAUCCUAUCCAGGGUUUUUCUACACGCUCCAGCCGCGGUUUCUCAAGUGCUGCCUACACUGACGUGGACUACAAAGCCUCCAACACUUCUAGAAAAAUAACAGUUUGGGUUUAGGUACUUAACCACACACUUUUAAAAAGGAUUUAUACGUGCGUUUCUGUCACGGUACACUCGGGACUAUCAGGGGUUACUCACAUCCAUCCAUCAUCCGUACCGCUUAGCC